CACGCGCGAGGCAUUACCUGACUGACACAGUCACCACCGGCCUAAAGCAAACAAAUAACCGACUUCCAUUUUACGUCAAGAAUCGCCGUUGUUUCUCUUUCAGUAUAUUCAAUUCUCCCUUUGGUUUGUCCUCUUUGCUAUUUCCUUAUUUUCUUCUUCAGGUUUUCCGCUUCUUUCUCCGAUUCCUUGCCUCAAUUUCCGCCUCUAAUUAGGUUUGGAUUUCGUUUAAUCUCUCUCUUUUUCCGAUUCCGUAAUUUUUUUCGGAUCGGAAAGAGAUUGAAGUACCUUAAUAAAUGAUUCAACGAGUUGUUGACGAUGUGCUUGCUGUUACCAAAGAGUCCGUGAAGACAUUUACGUAUGAGUCUUUGAAUAAUGUUGUGAGGUUGAUCAACGGAUUAUCUGCGCUUCUGCUGACUCUUCUACCAGGGAAAGGUUCUGUACUCGAAGGUGUUAAUGGCUGGGAGCUCAGACCAACGUUUCGAGGGCCUCGUUUUCCUCGUUGGAUGGAGAAUGGCGUGUCCUCUUUCAACCAGUUCAUUCACGAGCUUUCUGUGGACUCUGAUGAUUCAAGCUUAGAUUAUUCCUCUGGGGAGGAAGAUGGUUUCGGAAAUGAAUAUCCUGCAACACCAUCAUCUCAGGGUUCACGAGGCUCCAGGUCCAGGGUUGGUUUUCAUGCUAAGAGUGUUUGGCACUGGACAGAAAGGAUCAGAAGCAUAGUUUUUUGGAUCCUCUUACCAGCAAAGUUCCUUUUGGGGAUUCCAUUUCGAAUUUUUCACUUCUUUUUUAUUAAAUGGUCUGGGUCCACAACCACCCCUGGAAGUCCUUGGCCCUCGAUUAGGAGAGUGCAUAGUCAUAAGGACCAUGUUGUUCACACCACUGACAGGAGACGUGGAGUUAUUGAGGAUCUUCAUCUUGCAAGUGAAAUCUUUAUUGAAUCUGUCUUUGAAAUAGUCCAUAAGGCUGCACAUUUUAUCCUCUCGCCAUUGGAUGCCCUUAGAACUUCGUUCAGAUGGUUUUUUCCUCGGGACAGUUGUGAGAGAUAUCAUGAUGCUGAUGUUACUGUCCCCACAGCUACGCUUGGGGAUGAUGAUUCUGCACCUAGUGAAAGGAGUUACACUUUUCAUCAGUCUUUGAAUACGGAUGCCAGAACAUGCCAAGAUGUUAUAACGGAGCUUGGGUAUCCAUAUGAAGCUAUACGUGUUGUGACUAAUGAUGGAUAUGUUCUUCUUCUGGAAAGAAUACCCAGGCGUGAUGCACGUAAAGUUCUUUAUCUUCAGCAUGGAAUAUUUGAUUCUUCAAUGGGUUGGGUGUCCAAUGGGGUUGUUGGUUCUCCAGCCUUUGCAGCUUUUGACCAAGGGUAUGAUGUUUUUCUCGGCAAUUUCCGUGGCCUGGUCUCUAGAGAACAUAUUGAUAAAAAAAUAUCUUCAAGACAGUACUGGAAAUAUUCUAUAAACGAACAUGCCAUGGAGGACAUUCCAGCGAUGAUUGAGAAAAUUUAUGAAGUGAAAAAUUCUGAAUUGAAGCUCAGCCAACCUGAAAUUGCGGAAGUAACCGACAAUGACCAGCCAUUCAAGCUUUGUGCACUAUGCCACAGCAUGGGAGGGGCUGGUAUGUUGAUGUAUGUUAUAACACGGAGGAUUGAAGAGAAACCACAUAGAUUGUCUAGAUUGGUUUUACUAUCUCCUGCCGGUUUCCAUGAUGAUGCCCCAUUUAUUUUCACCGUGAUUGAGAAUCUCUUGCUCCUGCUAGCUCCAAUUUUAGCUCCAUUUGUGCCUGGGUUGUACAUACCAACGAGAUUUUGCCGUAUGCUUCUCAACAAGUUGGCUCGCGACUUUCAGCACUAUCCUGCUGUUGGAGGUUUGGUUCAAACCGUGGUGAGUUACUUUUUAGGUGGUGAUAGUUCAAAUUGGGUUGGAGUACUGGGUACUCCGCAUUAUAACAUGAAUGAUAUGCCCGGAGUUUCAUUUCGGGUGGGUCUUCAUCUUGCUCAGAUGAAGCAUGCCAAGAAAUUUAGAAUGUUCGAUUAUGGAAAUGCAUCCCUGAACAUGGAAGCCUAUGGAUCACCAGAGCCGUUGGACUUGGGCGAAUACUUUGGUCUUAUAGAUAUCCCUGUAGAUUUAGUUGCAGGACGGAAGGACCAGGUAAUUAGACCAACCAUGGUGAAAAGGUACUACAGAAUGAUGAAGGAUGCUGCUGUUGAUGUAUCAUUCAAUGAAUUCGAAUACGCGCAUCUGGACUUCACUUUCUCACACCGGGAGGAGCUCUUGUCUUACGUGAUGUCUCGGCUACUUCUGGUCGAUGAGCCUGGAUCGAAACUGAAACCUAAGGUAUCAAAAGUACCAAAAUUGAAACGAAAGGAGAAGCUGGAUGGCUAGCCUUACAGAACACCAGAGGAACCCACUUUUCCUAGGUUCCAGCAUAUGGCAACAGGGAAAAAGAUAAAAGAUGAUGAAUCAGUAGUUGCGGUGUCGUGUAAAUGUCUCUAAUAUCUCGAGUUCGGAAUAUAGAUGUAUAUUUUCAGUUAAGUGUCACCACGUCAUGGAUUUAAUUAUCGUCCCAUAAAAAAAAAUAUUAUCGGAGGGAACGAAUUUUGGUGAUCUUAUCUGAACUCUAUGAUGUUCUUGAAUUCUUUGUGCUAAUAGAAAAGCAGACAUUGGUGAGAUUUGUAGCCUGUAAAUUUAAAUAUGUAGGAAUUGUUCAUAUAUAUUAGUGGGAGUUAGAAUCGAAGGCAUCUAUAUGCAAUAUAGCGUGUUAUUUCUCUUGUAUGCGUCAGCUUCUAUAAAAAAUUAGAGCUUGCUCCA